GACUGCAGACACAGUACAGGAGAUGACCAGAGACUGUGGACACAGUACAGGGGAUUACCAGAGACUGCAGACAUAGUACAGGAGAUGACCAGAGACUGCGGACACAGUACAGGAGAUGACCAGAGACUGCGGACACAGUACAGGAGAUGACCAGAGACUGCGGACACAGUACAGGGGAUGACCAGAGACUGCGGACACAGUACAGGGAAUGACCAGAGACUGCGGACAUAGUACAGGGAAUGAUCAGAGACUGCAGACAGUACAGGAGAUGACCAGAGACCGCGGACACAUCAUCACAUGUCCAGGAUCUGAAG